AUGGCCUCAACUAACAAUGUAACCGGCGCGGAGGCGAAAGCAACUGAAAUACUAAAGAUCAUCGAAAAGUACGGCCUGAACUACGAGCGGACUGGAGUUUGGGAUGGGUUCGAGACGUUCCUCCCCGUUGUUGCGAGCCAGGUAGAGCGCAAGGAACCGAUUCGCAUGCUACUUCCUGGGUUUCCUUUCAAGUCGCCAAAUACGAAAGACAAGGUGCUGGGUGUCUUGCCGGAUUUAGGCGAGGAGCUUGCGCUGAAGCAUCUCGAUGGGCUGUGCGAGAAGAUUAAAGCGAUAUACGAGUAUGGCGCGGAAUGCCACAUCACUUCGGAUGGCCUCGUUUACAAUGAUCUGCUUGGUGUGACUGAUGAAACCGUGUGGAACUUCGGGCAGGGCGUGCGACAAAUCGCUGUAGCCAACAACCUCCAAAAUCUCAGCUUCUUGCGACUGUGGGAUCUGCUCGACUAUCCCGGAGACUUUCAGUCAAGAGAGUACUACUUCGAGCAUGCAGCAAAUAUCCGAAAAGAGCUCAAGCAACGUUAUGGAGAUCCCAAAUUCGAGGCGGAUAUGGCCAACACGUCCACCAGCGACAUGCAGAUGACGCAUACCAAGUAUCUCGAGUUUUUGAAGCAGGAUCUGGCUUUCAAUGAUAAGCACAACGCACUAUCGCCAGAAGAUCAGGCUGCGAAUAUCGCCAACACGGCAAAAGAGAUGAUGGGUCGCUGGAAGGCGUUUUCCGCCGCGCUGGCAGCCGUACCUACACAAUACGUCCGUCUGUCAAUUCACGAUUCGGGGGGUAAAGAUAAGCUGUCCAUGGCGGUCAUUCCGCAGCAAGAGAAAGGUGCUUUGGGCGCGACGCCAUGGCACUCGACGCUUGUGAUCGAGGCAGAUGGAACAUUGCGUACGGUGCAACGGUGCAAGGUCGACGAAGGAAGCUAUCAGCUCGUUCAUCGCGAUGGCCGACCGUACUGUUUCCGCGCAAAGUUGGAAGCCGAAGAAGAUUCGAACAAGACUUUUGAACAGCUGUAUCCUCAUGGUCUCACCAUCCGAGAUCGCAAGGCGGUUACCCCUUGA